AUGACCUUUAUGAAACUUGGCGAGGUUAAUCGCGCUGUCAGUUCUACUGCAAUCAACAAUAGGAGUAGUCGCUCCCACAGUGUACUUACUGUCCAUAUUAAUGGCAAAGACACGUCUGGCAACUCUAUUCGCAGUUGCCUUCAUUUAGUAGAUCUUGCUGGAAGUGAAAGAGUGGACAAGUCCGAAGUCACAGGAGAUAGACUAAAGGAAGCACAAUAUAUUAACAAGUCUCUUUCUUGUUUGGGUGAUGUGAUCACAGCACUGGCUCAAAAGAAUUCUCACAUUCCUUACCGGAACAGCAAACUCACACUUCUUUUGCAGGAUUCCUUAGGCGGACAUGCUAAAACUUUGAUGUUUGCGCAUGUGAGUCCCGAAGCAGAUUCCUUUAGUGAAACAGUGAGUACUCUAAAAUUUGCUCAGAGGGUUUCUACCGUGGAGCUUGGGGCAGCCCGGAUAAAUAAAGAAAGCAGUGAGGUUAUGCAACUCAAAGCACAGGUUGAGAACCUUAAGACUCAGUUGGCCAACAAGGAAAAUUCAAAACCGAUGUUCAAUAGAACUAAGGAACCUCGGACUCCAUUAGAAAAAACUCCAUUGCGACCUCGAAGACUUAGUAUUGAAAAUUCUAGCAUGACAAAGACCGACAAACCUGUGAAAGCUGAGGAUAAAAGUGGAGCCAAGUCACCUUCUUACAUUCCCCGUUCAAGAAGACUAAGCUUGGAAGGUCCAAGAACUAUAAAAAAAGCUGCUGAUGUAAAUAAAACUCUACAGUUUGAGUCAAUGUCUCAACAGAAAUAUCAUCCACAACAAGAUCCAGAAGCAGCAGUGUCAAAGCUAAGUGGCCAAUUGAGCAAUGAGAAGUCCAUAUCAGAGUUGCAUGCUGAGGAUAAAAGUGGAGCCAAGUCGUCCUCUUCUUACAUUCCCCAUUCAAGAAGACUAAGCUUGGAAGGUCCAAGAACUAUAAAAAAAGCAUCCGUUGAAGUAAAUAAAACUUUACACUUUGAGCCAAUGUCUCAACAGAAAUAUCAUCCACAGCGAGAUCCAGAAGCAGUGUCAAAGCUAAAUGGCCAAUUGAGCAAUGAAAGUUCCACAUCAGCAUUGCAUGCUGAAGUUCCUCCAAGUUCUAGAAAAAUCUAUCCGAAGAGUUUGAUAGAAGUUGAUGAUGCAGUCCAAAUUCACCCUCCGAAACUACCUCAAACACCUGAAUCUACACUGCUAGAUAAAAAUGAUUCAAACAAAAUUGUGACAGGUGAUGUUGCUGAUUCCACAACAACAAAUGUGAUAGGUAGCACGAUCGGAAAAGGGUCACAGUUUAGAAGAUCCCUGAGAACAAUUGGGAAACUUAUUAGUGGCCCUGAUAAAAGAAGCCAACAUACUACGGUUGAAGUGAAGUCACCUAUCAAGGGAAGCAUUCAUGCAAGUCAGAUAAAGUCUCCAAUAGCAACUAGUGAGAGGACAAAAAGGAGGCAAUCUUUAACAGGAAUUCCAUCUGGGCCUAGCAAUAGCCGAAGAUCCUCUCUUGGAGCGAAGCCAGACCAUGUAGCAUAUGAGAAGGAGAGAAAUGCCAGAACGCCUCCUCCUGUUCGUUCAGAAAGCAAGACUGCAAAAAGGUGGCAAUAG